AUGGAGACGGCUGACAGAAGAAGUGCUGCGGCAGCGGCCAAUUCAAGACGUGCUAAACGUUUAGCUCAGCAAGCUCACAAGACACAUCCUGUGAUUCAAGCAAAACAAAAUCAAAUGUAUCUAAUCACUACUCUCUCACAAGCACAAACGGAUAAUUCCCUAAUCAAUCGUGUUUUGCCCAAGGAAGUCCUUCUCAAAGUCUUUUCAUUUCUUGAUACCAAAGCUCUCUGUCGAUCUGCUCAAGUAUGUCGCUCAUGGAAUGUACUUGCAUUGGAUGGAUCCAAUUGGCAACGAGUUGAUUUAUUCACUUUUCAACGCGAUGUCAAAAGUUCUGUAAUUGAAAAUUUGGCGUGCCGAUGCGGAGGAUUCCUGAAAGAGCUUUCACUGAAAGGUUGUGAAAAUAUUCAUGAUUCGGCUCUUCGUACUUUCACUUCGAGAUGUCCUAAUCUGGAACAUCUUAGCUUGUACAGAUGUAAACGUGUAACUGAUGCAUCUUGUGAGAAUCUCGGAAGAUACUGCCACAAAUUAAACUACUUGAAUCUCGAAAAUUGUUCUUCUAUUACUGAUCGAGCUAUGAGAUAUAUUGGCGACGGAUGCCCUAAUUUGACCUAUCUCAAUAUUUCAUGGUGUGAUGCAGUUCAAGACCGUGGAGUUCAGAUUAUCAUUACAAACUGUGCUUCUCUCGAUACUCUCAUUCUCCGUGGAUGUGAAGGUCUUACCGAGAACGUUUUCGGACCAGUCGAGGGACAAAUGGCUUCAUUGAAAAAAUUAAACUUGUUGCAAUGUUUCCAGCUAACUGACGCUACAGUACAAAACAUUUCGAAUGGAGCUAUGAAUUUGGAGUAUUUAUGCAUGUCAAAUUGCAACCAAAUAACAGAUCGGUCACUGAUUGCACUUGGACAAACUUCACAUAAUCUCAAAGUCCUUGAACUAUCCGGGUGCAACCUUCUUGGGGAUAAUGGAUUUGUUCAACUUUCCAAAGGGUGUAAGAUGUUGGAACGUCUUGAUAUGGAGGACUGUUCGCUCAUCUCUGAUAUCACAAUCAAUAAUCUUUCGAAUCAAUGUGUAGCUCUCCGGGAGCUCAGUCUUUCGCACUGUGAGCUGAUCACAGAUGAAUCAAUUCAAAACUUGGUAACAAAGCACCGUGAAACGUUGAAAAUAUUAGAAUUGGACAAUUGCCCACAAUUAACUGAUUCUACUUUGUCACAUCUUCGACACUGCAGAGCUUUGAAACGAAUCGACCUCUAUGAUUGCCAAAAUGUUACAAAAGAAGCGAUUGUAAGAUUCCAGCAUCAUCGUCCAAAUAUCGAAAUCCACGCAUACUUUGCACCUGUUACACCACCAGCUGAUCAAGUUGUAAACCGCGGUGGUAUAUGCCGGUGCUGUGUUAUCUUAUGA